CAUCAACAACACCGAUGCCGGCGACGACCCCGAAGACAAAAACGGCGGCUAAGCCGUACGACCGGCCGGCUAAGAAGGGCGCGGCGCCCGCGCAGCCCAAGCAGACUAGCAGGAAGGGCAAGAAGGCUUGGCGCAAGAAUGUCGACAUCACCGCCGAGGAGGCCGCGCUCGAGGCUGCGCGCGCCGAGGAGCGCCUGACGGGUGGGCCGGUGGAGACGCGGUCCAACGAUGCGCUGUUUACCAUUGACACGGAGGGCGAUGUCGCGAUGACGCAGCAGGUGCGACGGAAGAGGGAGAAGAAGCCUCUGCGCUCGCUCGCAAUAUUGCAUGAGCGCAGCGCCGUACCGUCCUUGACUUCGCGCGCUAAGCCCGCCGCUGCGCCGAAGAAGAUUUCCAGCGCUGAGAAGAAGCGGCUUCGCAGGACAGCCCUCAAGGCGGAGGCGAAUGGCACGCCGUCGGCGUCCAUCAAGGUGAUCGACACUGAGACGCUGGCCGACCCGUGGGUGACGGAGAAGCAGCUGAGUCUGCCCGGCGGAUGGGGUAACGAGGGCGUGGUCAAGGUCAAGCCCAAGACACCCGAGACACUGGCGCGGCAGCGUGAACUCCGGCGCGCCGUGGACGCGGCACAGCUGGCCGCUGAGCUCCCGCGCGCCGGCGUCUCGUACAACCCCAGUGCACCUGCUCACGCGGCACUCCUCGAAGAGGCGAUCGCCGAGGAGAUGGACACACUUGCGGCCGAGGAGCGGGUGCAGGCCGAGAUUGAAGCGCGCGGCGGCGUCGUGGAUGCGCUCCGGAAGAAUCAGGACGGCGAGGAUAUGGUUGCCGGCAUGCGGAUUGGGGGCGGAGAAGGCGAGGACGAGAGCGAGGAGGAAGAGGACGAGGACGCGGAAGGGUUCAAGCCCAAGCCGACGAAGCGGAAGACGCAGGCGCAGCGGAACAAGGCCGCGCGCGCCAAGGCCCUCCGCCUGGCUGAGCGGGAGGACGCUAUCCGCCGCAAGAUGGAGCGGCACGUGGGCGCUGCUCGCGCGCUGUCCAAGUCUGUCGCGGCGAAGGAGCGCGCCGCAGAACUGGCGGCGCAGCAGCGUCGCGCGGCGGCGGCGGCGCGCGAGCGCCUCGGGCAUGCCGGAGGCGAGAAGAUCGGCAAGCACCGCGUCCAGAAGGCCCCCGUGGCGGUGCAGCUCGGCGAGGACCUCGCGGAGAGCCUGCGGCAGGUCAAGCCCGAGGGCAACCUGUUCAAGGACCGGUUCCAGUCGCUGCAGCGCCGCGCGCUUAUCGAGCCACGCGUUCCCCAACUGCCCAAGAAGCGCAGGAUCAAGGUCAAGGAGUACGAGAAAUUUGCGUGGAAGCGGUUCGAGUAGUGCAUCCUGGGCGUUGGAUGCGUUGCGGGGCGAGCCUGCAUGGCGGCGGGGAGAGGGGACGAGGCAUUGCUGUAGGACAGUGUAUGUACUCUUUAGAUGGGUU